AUGGGAUAUGAGAGCCUGCUUAAGCCAUGCCGACUGGACACGGAUCCCAGCUCUCCUACGGCGGCCAAGGAGUGGAAACACUGGCACCGCACGUUUCAAAACUUCAUUGAGGAGAGUGGAGAGGCCGCACCUAACAAGCUGAGGGCUCUAGUGAACUGUCUCCUGCUACAAAAUAAGUCCUUGAAUCUGGAGGCGGCAUACAGUCAAGCCCGUACAUUGGACCUUGCCCAGCGGAAUGCUGAUGCAUACACGUCUUCCUUGCCUGUUCCUCAUGCUGCUGCUUUAGUUCCAGGACAGCAGGAACUGCCCAGUGAUGACCAACAACAGCAGUCAACGAAAGAAGGGGCAGAAAGAAGACCACCUGUGGACUUGACUGUCGCUGCUGCACACGAUCUUUCACAUGCAGCUACAGACAUCACUGUCAAUGGUCAUUCAUUGAAGGCACUAAUCGACUCAUGCAGUUCGGAUAGCUUCAUAAGUGAGAAAGUGGCACAUAAAUUAAAGCUGACAGUAGUUCCGGCAAGCAAGGAGAUUUCAAUGGCGUCAGCAUCUUUAAAUACUAGCUCCCCAGGGCACAAAAAGAGACUUUGUAUUGAUUAUUCCCAAACCAUCAACCAAUACACAGAACUAGAUGCAUAUCCCCUCCCGAGGAUAGAGGACAUGGUACAUAAUCUUGCAAAGUACAAGGUGUUUUCUACGUUUGACUUGAAGAGUGCAUACCACCAAAUCAGCAUUAAAGAGAGUGAGAGGAAGUAUACUGCUUUUGAGGGUGCAGGAAAACUGUAUCAGUUUUGUAGGGUUCCAUUUGGUGUCACUAAUGGAGUAGCUGUAUUUUAG